AAACCCUAAGAUCUAGAAGAAUCAUCAGCCUUCCGUCUCUCUUCCUAGAAAUCCGAUUCGAUCCGAUAGAAGAAUUCAGAAAUGAUGAAGCGUCUGGUCCCAACGUUCAACCGCAUCCUGGUGCAGAGAGUCAUCCAGCCUGCAAAAACCGAAAGUGGCAUUCUCCUCCCAGAGAAAUCCUCCAAGCUCAACUCGGGCAAGGUGAUUGCAGUGGGACCUGGUUCAAGGGACAAGGAUGGGAAAUUGAUUCCGGUUUCGGUUAAGGAAGGCGACACUGUUCUUCUUCCAGAGUAUGGCGGCACACAAGUCAAGCUCGGAGAGAACGAGUACCAUCUCUUCCGGGACGAGGACGUCUUGGGAACGUUGCACGAGGAUUAAAAAUGGCUAUAAGUAACUGCGAGUGUUCUUGUUGGCGUUUGUGUUACGGAGAUGAAAAAGUCAUUUACAAUUUAGUUAUCUUUUAACCUUGUGGUUGGAGUUUAUCGUUUAUCAUUGAAAUUUAUCUUAAAUGACUAUCUUAAUCUCAUUCGAAUCGUUCCAAAUUGAAUUGGCAUCAGAAAACGAAAACCA